AUGCCCGAGGGUGCACAGCUUCCAGGGGGGAGAGCCGAGGCCCCCAUCGAGGCCACCUGGCUCCAGACUCUGCUCUGGACCCCCGUGUGGCCCUCCCUCGCGCUGGGCGUCACUGUGAUGACCCAGGGCCCUGGCUCCUCACGUAAUUGGGAGCAGAACUCCCGGCAAGGACGGGUCAAUACCUGUCAGCGCCCAGCCGACGGUUUACAGGGUCAAGAGAGAGAAAGGGUCCCUUCAGUGCUGUCUCGGGAGGCAGGAGUUUCAGGGGAGGAAGUACGCCACCCUCCAUCAACAUCGCCCUGGGCACACACAAAGCCCCCUCUGCCUCUCCUCACAGCCCCCCACAGAGUGUGCCAAGGCCCUGCUCUCGGCGGGGGUAUGGAGAGGAAGAACUCGGGGUGCUGUGAGGCCCCAAAGAAGCUAGGCCUGUCCUUCUCCAUCGAGGAGAUCUUAAAGAGGCCCACCAAAAGGAGCGAUGUGGUCAGGGCAGAAGGGGCAGGUGGAGGGGGUGCCAGGCAAGCAGCAGCCACAGCCUCCAGGCUGGAGAGACCCCGGCAGGACCAGCCCCAGGAGCAGAGGAGGAGUAAGCGGAGGGUCCGGACCACCUUCACCACAGAGCAGCUGCAUGAGCUGGAGAAGAUCUUCCACUUCACCCACUACCCAGACGUCCACGUCCGCAACCAGCUGGCGGCCAGGAUCAAUCUCCCAGAAGCUCGGGUGCAGAUCUGGUUCCAGAAUCAGCGAGCCAAGUGGCGGAAGCAGGAGAAGAUCAGCAGCCUUGCGGCUCCGCAGCAGCUGAAUGAGGCCAACGUGGCUCCGGCCACAAAUCUGGAUGUGGCUGGCCCCGUGCUGCCACCCCCUGCACUGCCCAGGCUGGCUCCUCCCACCACGUGUUAUCCACCGGCUCAAGGUCAGCUGGCCCCUGCCUGGUUCCCUGCCCAGAUCACCCUCCUCCCACACCACCCAUGGGAAACACAGCCUCUCCGGGGCCCGCUCGUCCAGCAGACCUGCAUCCCAGUGCUCCACUUCCUUCCACCUCCGCACCCAAAAUGGGGCGGCAUCUGUGCCACUUCAACAUAGAGAUCAGAGGGACAUCCUCUCCCCCAA